UAUCUAAUAGUUGUCACUGUCAAGUAAAAAGCAAAAACAACGACGACCAAAAAACAUUAAUUUUUACAAUGAUAAAAUGGAGAUAUUACGAAGAUUUGUGCCAGCAAAUUCGUUAAGGUUGACAGCAACGAGAAUUAUACUAACCCAUGUAGCUAAUUAUACUAGACUAGCUGAAGUAGGUAAAUUAGAAGCUCCCAAAACUACUGGUAAAUAUGAAACGGGUCAACUCAUUUUACACAAAGUAUUCGGUUAUCGAGGAGUUAUAUUAUUUCCAUGGCUAGCAAGAGUAUACGAUAGAGACGCAAUAAAUAAAAAGGAAAACUCAGAUCCUACAGCUGCAGGCGAUGCGUCUGGAGAUACUUUAUCUAAUGUUGGCAAGGAAGUAAAGGGCAGAACUCAUACUUUUUACCAAGUCUUAAUAGAUACAAGAGAUGCACCAUACAUAACUGUGCAAACCACAAUCGACAUGAGACCAGAAUGGAAGAAGAAGCGUGCUCAAACCGAAGCGGUGACAUUCCUCGGCAAUCAGGAGUCGAGCCGUAGCUUGUACGCGAUACCAGGCUUGGAUUACGUAGCUCACGAUGAUAUUAUACCUUACGCUUCCGUGGAGCGGGUGCCACUACAACAUGAGCUGUUUGACAAGUUUUUAAUGCACAACCCUGAUAAAGACCCUCCCUUCAUCGCGCAAGAGACACUUCGCGCGUGGCAGAAGAAGAACCACCCGUGGCUCGAGCUGAGCGACGUGCACCGCGAGACCACCGAAGGUGUGAGAGUCACCGUCAUACCAUUCUACAUGGGCAGCCGGGAGUCGCAGAACUCGGCGGUUUAUUGGUGGCGGUACUGCAUCCGCCUCGAGAACCUGGGGCCGCAAGCGGUGCAGCUGCGCGAGCGGCACUGGCGCAUCUUCUCGCUGAGCGGCACGCUGGAGACGGUGCGCGGCCGCGGCGUGGUCGGCCAGGAGCCGCUGCUCGCGCGCCACGCGCCCGCCUUCCAGUACAGCAGCCACGUCAGCCUGCAGGCGCCCAGCGGCCACAUGUGGGGAACAUUCAGAAUGGAACGCGAAGAUGGAUAUACAUUCGAUUGUCGAAUACCGCCUUUUUCGUUGGAGAGCAAACCGGAUGAAGGUGCGCCAGUGGCGCCAUCUUCUGCCGCCUAAACGAUAAAACUUAGCUGCAAUUUACCAAUGACCGUUGACCGUUCCACACAUAGAUAACCUAAAGAUGAUUUAUAUGUGAAAUAUCAAAACAUUAAAGUCACAUAAUGGCGGUUAUUUUCUUCUGUUUUAUGAAAAUUAUUUGAAAAUGUAAGGUAUCAUAUAGUUUUAUGUGUGGACAGUCAAUUUAAAUAAAUAAAAAAACGGCUCGAAAAACAUGACACUUAGAUAGUGCUUACUAUUUUGUGCUGAAUAAAAAGAAAAAAAA